AUGUCGACUUUGAAGACCGUCAAAUUGGUUGAUAUCGUUGAACUGGAACCCCAAGCUCUGGACAAUCUCAAAUUCGCUGCAACACAGCAGGGAUUCUUUCAUCUUGAUAUAGACACGGGAUCAGAUUUGAGUAGCGUCAAUGCCGACAUCGCCGAGUGUUUCGAUCUUGCGAUUCGCUUGUACGACCUUCCGCUUCAUGAAAAGCUUUCUUACGAUAUCGACAAAAUGGGCGCACAUAAGCUCAAUGGUUAUAAACCUUCGGGGAGAAAUGCUGGUAUAAAGCUUGGUACUCAGGAUGGCUUUGAAGCGUAUUUGAUCCCUCGCGAUGGUGUUGCAACACAAUAUGAAGGUGAACCCGAUGCAUUACUUCCACCAACCCUAUGCAGGGAAAAAGAGCUCCUAAAACGUACCAUGAAUGAGCUCCACUCCAUAGGAAUGGCCGUACUUAGAGCGCUGAGCAUCGCUCUCGCAAAUUCUGACCAAUACGAGCUUACAAUCCAACAUCGACCUCAACAUCCAUCUACCAGUGCYUUGGGACUUUUGAAAUAUUCUCCGGUAGAUCAGAACCAGACUCAACUUGGACACAGCGCUCAUACGGAUGUGGGCUCCUUGACCUUGCUCUUUUGCACUGGCCCUGGCCUCCAAUUUCUAGAUCCGCUGACAGGUCAAUGGGAGAAUGUGGAAGUGCGUCCAGGGCAAGCUGUGGUGAAUAUUGGUGAUUCACUUCGAUUCCUGACUGGAAACCGACUCAAGUCGUGUUUGCACAGAGUCCUCCCGGUCACUGGCGACAGUGCGGAAGAUCGGUAUUCCUUGGCAUACUUUUUGAGACCAGAGAUCGACACGACCUUCCGCGAUGAAGUUGGCCAGACUUGGAAAAGUAUUGAUUGGCAUGAUAACAAGUAUAAAAUCUUCCGAGCAUCCCUUGAACAACAGAGUGGUGAGCAAGAGAGCCUUGUGUUGACUGGCAAGGCGGGAUUUCUUGGACUGUGGGAACCUUUGAAUGAUCCAUUGGUGGCAAGCUGA